GUAAAAUCCGGAGCGAUGACUAAGGCAACCGGCUUCCACCGGCAAGCGUCCGCCGUACCCCCAUUCGGCCUCACUGACCGGGCGAACUAACGGCACUAUCGACCACCGCAGAAUAAUAAUCAUGCCCGCCAUUCGGUGUGGGCGGAAGAUCCCCUCCAUGGUAUCUUCUACUUAUUAUUGUUCUUCGAGCCAUCUUCAUCUUCCUAUUCACUACCGGUCUUUCUCUUCUUCUCUCGCCUUCCUCGAGCCAUAGUUCAUGCUUCCUUAUCUCUCUAUCUAUUGAGAACCAGAAAUCCCCUCCCUCCCUCUCGUUAUCACAAUGAAGGCACCCCGCCGUUCCAUGCGGACGCUAUCGAGCCUCCCCGCAUCCUACGCCAAUGUUCGAUACGUGAGCCGGACCAGCAACGCGAAGUCCUCGCUGGCAGCGGCCACAAGCGCGACCAAUGCGUGGCAACAGAUGCCGGCAAAGACGGGCUCUGCCUCCCCGCUGGCGAAGUUGCCGCUGUCGUCCGUUCUGCGAUCGCUCAUGAUCCUGUCGGUUUCGUCCUCCAAGCUGCUCCUGAAGCCUUGCAUCUACACGCUUUCCAUGCUGGCCCACCCCAAGACGCCGGCCUUGGAUGUCGCCAAGAACCCUUUCCUGAACAUGCUGGUCAAGCACACCAUCUACAAGCAGUUCAAUGCCGGUGAGAACAAGCUGGAGGUUCAGCGGUCCAUCGAAGAUAUCAAACAGCUGGGAUACCGUGGCGUGUUGCUGGGAUAUGCCCGGGAAGUGCUCGUGGGGGAGAGCGACGCCGAUCCCCUGGAUGAGAAGGCCGCCCGCGAAGAGAUCCAGAUGUGGCUGGACGGAACCUUGCAAACGGUUGACAUGGCCCAGGAGGGUGAUUUCGUUGCUCUGAAAUUCACCGGUAUGGGUAUUCAGGCGCUCCAGCUCCUGCAGCAGCAGGCUAUGCCGUCGUCUUUCAUGGAUGCUUCCAUCCAAAGGGUUUGCGACCUGGCCGUUUCGCGCAACGUCCGACUGCUAGUCGACGCCGAGGAGCAGGCCGUGCAGCCCGGAAUUGAGCACUGGACGAUGAAGUACCAGAAGUACUGCAACUCGCAGACCCCCGGCCGUGCCAUCUUCUACAACACCUACCAGGCUUAUCUGUGCUCGACUCCGGCCACCAUCGCCAGGGAUUUGGAAACUGCCCGCCAGGAAGGAUACACCCUGGGCGUUAAGCUGGUCCGCGGCGCAUACCUCAAGACCGAGCCUCGCCAUUUGAUCUGGGCUACCAAGGAAGAGACCGACGAAUGCUAUGACGGCGUCGUGGAGGCCCUUCUGACUCGUCGCUACAACUCGAUGUUGCAGUCUGCGUCGAAGGAGCACCAGACCGAGCUACCUUCCGUCAACGUCAUCGUCGCCACUCACAACCGGGACUCCGUGCGCAAGGCCCACGCUCUCCGCAUGCAGCAGGCCAUUCAGGGUGACAGCCAGGGCGUUGAUCUCUCGUACGCCCAGCUCCAGGGAAUGGCCGACGAGGUCAGCUGCGAGCUCCUGCAGGGUUUCCAGGGCCCGGAGUCGAGCCAGCCUUCCUCGCUGGAAGUGCCUAACGUGUACAAGCUUCUGACCUGGGGAUCCGUCAAGGAAUGCAUGGGCUUCUUGCUGCGACGCGCUGUUGAGAACACCGAGGCUGUUGGUCGCACCAAGCAAUCCCAGGAGGCGAUGUUCGGUGAACUCAAGCGACGAGUGUUCGGCCCCAAGAACUAAGCUGUUCUUCCGAGUAUUCUUUUGUUCACCUUUCUCCCCUUGACAUGACUCACGCACUUGCAUAUACUUUUCUUUUCGUUUUAUUCCCUCGGUGUCUUGUUGUUGGCGAAAUUGCAUCUAGAUGGCGUUUAUAAUUAGUUGAUCAGUUGAACUUUUUUUCUUGGUACUGAUAAUGGGAUGAAAUGCCUGUUC